GUUGCGCUGUGGAGCGCAGCUGUGAGGGAGUCGCUGUGCUCCGAGGUCCCGGAACCCGAGCUGGAGCUGAAGCGCAGGCUGCGGGCGCGGAGCCGGGAGGCGUGAGUGUUCAUUCCAGUAUGUCGGAGGGAGAGUCUCAGACAGUACUCAGUAGUGGCUCAGACCCAAAGGUAGAAUCCUCAUCUUCAGCUCCUGGCCUGACUUCAGUGUCACCUCCUGUGACCUCUACAACCUCAGCUGCUUCUCCUGAGGAAGAAGAAGAGAGUGAAGAUGAAUCUGAGAUCUUGGAAGAGUCACCAUGUGGGCGCUGGCAAAAGAGGCGAGAAGAGGUGAAUCAGCGGAAUGUACCAGGUAUUGACAGUGCAUACCUGGCCAUGGAUACAGAGGAAGGUGUGGAAGUUGUGUGGAAUGAGGUACAGUUCUCUGAGCGCAAGAACUACAAACUUCAGGAGGAAAAAGUCCGUGCAGUGUUUGAUAAUCUGAUUCAAUUAGAACAUCUCAAUAUUGUUAAAUUUCACAAGUACUGGGCUGACAUUAAGGAGAACAAAGCCAGGGUAAUUUUUAUCACAGAAUACAUGUCAUCUGGAAGUCUGAAGCAAUUUCUGAAGAAGACGAAAAAGAACCACAAGACUAUGAAUGAAAAGGCUUGGAAGCGCUGGUGCACACAAAUCCUCUCUGCCCUCAGCUACCUGCACUCCUGUGACCCUCCCAUCAUCCAUGGGAACCUGACCUGUGACACCAUCUUCAUCCAGCACAACGGACUCAUCAAGAUUGGCUCUGUGGCUCCUGACACUAUCAACAAUCAUGUGAAGACUUGCCGGGAAGAGCAGAAGAAUCUACACUUCUUUGCACCAGAGUAUGGAGAAGUUACCAAUGUGACAACAGCAGUGGACAUCUACUCCUUUGGCAUGUGUGCAUUGGAGAUGGCAGUGCUGGAGAUUCAGGGCAAUGGAGAGUCAUCUUAUGUGUCACAGGAAGCCAUCAGCAGUGCCAUCCAGCUACUAGAAGACUCAUUACAGAGGGAGUUCAUUCAGAAGUGCCUGCAGCCUGAGCCUGCUCAAAGACCAACAGCCAGAGAACUUCUCUUCCACCCAGCACUGUUUGAAGUACCCUCACUCAAACUCCUUGCUGCCCACUGCAUUGUGGGGCACCAGCACAUGAUUCCAGAGAAUGCUUUGGAGGAGAUCACCAAAAACAUGGACACCAGUGCUGUGCUGGCAGAAAUCCCUGCAGGACCAGGAAGAGAGCCAAUUCAGACUUUGUACUCUCAGUCACCAGCUUUGGAAUUAGACAAAUUCCUGGAAGAUGUCAGGAAUGGAAUCUACCCUCUGACAGCCUUUGGGCUGCCUCGGCCUCAGCAACCACAGCAGGAGGAGGUGACAUCACCUGUUGUGCCCCCUUCUGUCAAGACUCCAACACCUGAGCCAGCUGAGGUGGAGACUCGCAAGGUGGUGCUGAUGCAGUGCAACAUUGAGUCAGUGGAGGAGGGAGUCAAACACCACCUGACGCUUCUGCUAAAGCUGGAGGACAAACUGAACCGGCACUUGAGCUGUGACCUGAUGCCAAAUGAGAACAUACCUGAGUUGGCAGCCGAGCUGGUGCAGCUGGGUUUCAUUAGUGAGGUGGGUUCCUGCUAUCCUGCGCCUGGAUGGCCCCCUGCCUUCUCUUCCCUCAACCCCAUCUCACUGAGCUUCUCUCUUCAGGCUGACCAGAGCCGGCUGACCUCCCUGCUUGAGGAGACCCUGAACAAGUUCAAUUUUGCCAGGAACAGCACUCUCAACUCAGCCGCUGUCACCGUCUCCUCUUAGAGCUCACUCGGGCCAGGCCCCCAUCUGCACUGUGGCUGUCCCUGGACGUGCUGCAGCCCUCCUGUCCCCCCUUCCCCCCAGUCAGUAUUACCCUGUGAAGCCCCUUCUCUCCUUUAUUAAUCAGGAGGGCUCUGGGGCUCCCUGGUUUUGAGCAUCAUCCUAUCCCUUCCCCUCUCUUCCUCCCCUCUGCACUUUGUUUACUUGUUUUGCACAGACGUGGGCCUGGGCCUUCUCAGCAGCCGCCUUGUAGCUGGUUGCUAGUAGCUGACCUGCCGGCUCCCGCCCAGCCUGUGUGCACAGGAGGCCCGCGGGCACUGGGGAGCUGUUCUACGAUCCCGCUGGGGUGGACGGGCGGGAGAGAGGUGGUGCUGCAGUGGUGGCCCUGGGGGGGGCCAUUCGAUUCGCCUCAGUUGCUGCUGUAAUAAAUUCUACUUUUUGCUAAAA